AUGGAAAAAAACUACAAAAAGGGAGACAGCAACCACCUCAAGCCCAGCCUGAUGACCACCAUCCAUCAACUCAUCACCCGCCGACUGAUCACAAGACUAGAAUCAGUCAUCACCCGCCAAUCAAGAAGACCCAAAAUAUCCACCGAGCUGUUGACGUUGAGAACAGGAAAUUCACAGACACGAGGCUAUCGAAGACAGCACAACCCUGUCCAUUACCCCCUUCGGUUCUUCCAUUCUUCAGGUACCGAUCCCCAACCAAACUCACAACCAACUAGCUCAGAAUCGGGGAAACUAUAUCCCAUCUGUCCGACCUGUUCGAUCGAAAUCAGAGCUAACUUUAAUCAGACUAGCAAGAUCGAAGAAAAAUGUAAAUGCGCGAAUUGUCAAUCGUUUAUUCCGACGGAUAUGGUGAUCAAAAAGAUCCCAGAAAGGGAUCGCUCAGUCAGGAAGAGUGAUAACGAAGGUGAGGAAGAAGGUCAUGAGGCCCAUCGGAUCGAUUAUUUCAAAUUGUUCGAAGUCGAGAAGACGUUCAAAGAUCUCGAUCUGGUCCGGUUGAAGAAAGCGUACCACCAGUGGCAACAAGUCGUCCACCCGGACUUCAGCAUCAACAACGACCAGCUCGCGGACCAUCCUUCGGAGCUGAGUCUGCAGUGUAUGAAGGACUGGAGCGUGUUGGUUAACCGGGCUAAGAGCAUCUUGAGCGAUGAUCUCAAGAGGGCAGAAUAUCUGAUCGGAUUGCAUGGGACCGUCGAGCUUAGCCAGGAAGCCGACUCGCUCGAUAACUCGCAGCUGUUGGUCGAGAUCAUGGAGGUCAGAGAGCAGCUCGAAGAAGCCCAGACUGCUGAAGCAAUCGAAUCUAUCAAACUAACUAACAAAGAGUCAAUCGAUCAAGUUUUGAGGGAAUUGGAUCAUCAAUUCAACCAGUUGAUUCGUCUCAAUCAUAACGACAAACAAUAUCAUGAUCACUCUGAAAGUCUCAAAGAAUCGAUCAUCAGAUUACGCUAUUUGAAGAAGAUUCAAGAGAUCAUUUCUUCAACUAAUCUCUAA